UGAGCUACUCGACGUAUUGUUCCGCAGAUGUGGGAAGCCCGACUACGGCGCGAGGGCGGCGGCGUGGAGCCAACACGGACGGAAAAUGACAAUUAUGUUGUCUUCAGGGCUUUUCUAAAAAAUAUUGUUCAUCAGAGGAACAUCUAACGACCAGUGCCACACACGAGCCGCCUUCCCACCUUUCAACUCCGUCGUUGAGGGGUAGCCAUGGCGACCAGCGCGGUGCCAAGCGACAACCUGCCAACGUACAAGCUGGUGGUGGUGGGAGACGGCGGCGUCGGCAAGAGCGCGCUCACUAUCCAGUUUUUCCAGAAGAUCUUUGUGCCAGACUAUGAUCCCACCAUAGAGGACUCCUACCUUAAACACACCGAGAUCGACGGACAGUGGGCCAUACUGGAUGUGCUGGACACAGCCGGUCAAGAGGAGUUCAGUGCCAUGAGGGAGCAGUACAUGAGGACAGGAGACGGCUUCCUCAUUGUCUUCUCAGUGACGGACAAGGCCAGCUUUGAACACGUUGACCGCUUUCAUCAGCUGAUACUGCGGGUCAAAGACAGGGAGGCUUUUCCGAUGGUGCUUGUGGCAAACAAGGUGGACCUGGUCCAUUUGAGAAAGAUCACCACUGAGCAGGGCCAAGAGAUGGCUGCAAAACAUAAUAUAACAUACAUUGAAACCAGUGCCAAGGAUCCUCCAAUGAAUGUGGACAAGGCCUUUCACGAGCUCGUCCGUGUCAUAAGACAACAAGUCCCUGAGCGAAACCAGAAGAAGAAGAAGAAGAUGAAAUGGAGGGCAGAACGAUCGACGGGUUCUCACAGGUUCCGCUGCGUCAUAUUGUGACCUCUUUCCUCCACAAUCAAUUCCCACAUAACCCACACAAAUACCUUUUUUGGUUGUCAGGGAACUAACUACCCAGUAGUCCAUGACUCCUGGCGCACAAAAAAAAAAGGGAGACAAUUGGGAGGAGGUCUUUUGCCUCCAUUUUCCCAUGAAGGAUUUUAAUAUCCCCCUGUUAAUACUAAACCAGGAGUACUGAUGUGUUUAUUUGGUGUCAUCUUUACUGUGUUCUCCAAUGUGAAAGAAGGAAAGAAAACAAAGAUGGCCCAAAAUCACAUGGCCAAAAAAAAAAAGGGAAGAUCUGUUUGUGAUUUUACCAGUCAUCACCCGCCAUCCCGGAGGAGAAGAGCACCUGUUGGGGGUUGGUGGUUUUUGAUUCUGUAGACGUCAGUGUGGAAAGAAAUGGAAAAUGAUGAAACAUGAACAAAUGGUUGUUUUGGGACGUCGUCGAAGGGUGACGGAAGGACGUGCCGCAAUGAGCGGAGAAAAGCGUAGUGUUUUACCCGUGAACUUUGUAUCGUGUACGAUAACAUUGAAAUAUUGUCAUUGGAAAUGGAAGGUUGCUCCAAUCCACGUGUUGAUGCCAAAAACGGUUCAGGCCGACAACUCAAAAAGAAAAUCUUUUCUCAAAAGGGAAAGUGACGGGAUAUCAUUACAAAACUUUGAAAAUGUAUCCAUGCCACGUAGAAAAGGAAAAAAAAAGUUCAAUUAUGGGGGGAAGUCAUUAAGUUAUGAGAAUCACGUAGUAAUGAGAA